GCAAAUAUGGUCUCAUUCUCAUGUGAAGUCUGCAAUGACACCGUCGUCAAGAAGAAGUUGGAUCAACAUCAACAACGUUGUUACGGCGCCUACUUCACCUGCAUAGAUUGUUCUACUACUUUCCAAGGUAAUGAUCAUCGUAAGCACACUAGUUGUAUAAGUGAAGCUGAAAAGUAUGAAAAGGCCUUGUACAAGGGUCCAAAGAAGAAGCAACAACAACAGCAACAACAACAACAACAAAAGAAGCCAGAGCCAAAGAAGGAAACUAAGAUUGAACCUAAGGCUGAACCUAAGACUGAGAAGAAGUCUGAAAAGAAGUCCGAAAAGAAGUCCAAAUCUUUAGACUUGGCCAAGUACUUGAAGACCGACAAACAGGAAAACUUGUACAAGAUCAUCAAGAAGAUUUCGGAAGAUAACUCUCUGGAUAAGAAGGAUCUCUUGAAGAAAUUGUGUUUAGUUAAGGCUGAAGAUGGAUCUAUUUCUGUUCGUUUGGAAUAG